AUGGCGACCGUGUCGAGCGCCCUGUCGGACCUGCCUCUGGAGCAGCUCACCCUCUACCAGGCCUCCGAUCCCUAUCUGUCUUUGAUCUUCGUCUUCUACGGUCCCGUUACAACCGCAAAUGCCACCGUGAGCAGUUCGCGCAUUCAGGCGCAUAUCUUGACCCCCGCUGGUUUUCAGAGCUAUUCUCGGAUCACCGUCUCCCCCGCUGCUCCGUUAUAUGCGGCCGUCAACCACCUACCCCGCGAGAGACAAGGCGACGAGGUUUGUCGCGGGCUUGCUGUCAGCAUGUUGAAAUACUUUGCCGAGUUGUCCGAACCGGCCAAGGAGUGCUUGGAAACAAUGGCUCGUGCGGGGAAGCCUGGUGGGAAGAUUCCCAAGUUAUUUGACGAGAUGCAUGCCGCGGAUCUUGCGAAUCGGAUGGCCAAAGUGGAACAAUCGUCCGACCUUAUACGCGACAUUCGCGGUGCCUUUCAGGAGCGCAAAGUUCCGUGGGUGGAUAUUGAUAUAGUGUUCCCCGCGGGAACAAUACAGCCCCCUCAACGGCCGGAGGAUGACGGUAUCGACGAAGCUUUGGAGAUAGAGGACAACCACGAUCUACAAUAUGGCCAGUAUUCGGCUCUUAUCCGAGCUCUCGGAGCGCCGAUGUUCCUACCGACGUCAAGACUGAAACGAGCGCCCUCCCAACCGACCAAUCUCAGCAAAUCUAGGCUCUUCACGAGAAGCCAGAAGGAGUCUCUCCGUCUGACUAUGUGCGAGCUUGUGGACACGGAGGAGCGGUAUGUGAGCAAGUUAUACAAUCUUGUGCGCGAGGUAGCCGAAGAAUUCCGAUUAAAGGCUCAAGGCAGAGGAGCGUCCAGCACCAGUCCAGAUGAAGCCUCUCUGGCCGCACUUUUCCCUCCCUGUCUCAAUGAGAUACUUGACGUCAAUCUGGGGUUUUUGGAAGUGAUCCGCAACGUCCUGGAGGAAACAGAAAGGGAUGCGAUUGCCGAUAUUGGAGACGACACCGAGCUUCCGUCGUCCGCGUCGCAUAGAACGGCGUCUAGGGAAGGAAAGGAUCCGAUUGGUGCUGUCGCAUUUGCAAAUGCGCUCCUCGAAUGGUUUCCGCAGUUCUCACAGCCCUACGCGGACUAUAUGCGAGCUCAUACAGGCUUUACACAGACGCUCAACUCAUUUAUGAGGGAUAAGAACUCGAGCUUCUCCAAGAGAGUUGUAGAGACCGGAGAGCAACGAUUGCGUUCGUUACUGAUGGAGCCUGUUCAGCGGCUGCCUCGUUACAGCCUUCUGAUUGACACCAUGACCAGCAGUCUUCCCCUGAUCCAUCCCGCUGUCAGGCCGCUCCUGAAGGCUCGAGAUAUCAUCAAGGAUAUAUGCUCGCUCGACGACCCCUCGUCCACAAAUCAUGACCAGAGCUUCCGACGAUUGAAAGAGCUGGUGGAUGGUUGGCCGGCAACAAUACUGCCGGUCGGCCGCUUGAUCACAGCUGUCGACUUCAACGAGCUAUCGCCUCCAUACCACAUUGAUCCUUCAUCUCCAAACCAAAAUCAGGGGAUCAUGUUGAUCUAUAAGAACUGCCUUGUUCUCUUAGCGAAAGCUCUAGGAAGCAGAACAACUGCACGCGGCUUACUUGCAGACCUCGACGGCGCCGCAUCAGGACCCGGUGGCCCCUCUGCCCUGCAAAACUCAUGUGAGAUCAAGGUUGCGCAAGUAUACGACCUGCAAACCGUACGCUCAAUGCAGUCUACAUGCGGGAGAAUACUUUUCCUCGCUCCUACAUCGGCCAAAGCAAGACCAAAUCAGAAUACCACUGUGGAUCUGUUCGCUUUGGAAUUAACUGGGAUGUAUGAGGGGCGGGCGAGUCGGCUUAUCGAAGAAGUGGUGAAGGCGAAGAUUGAAGGCCGGUUUUCUGAGAGCGAGCGGGAGAACGGUAAAUGGACCCUGAGGAGCCCCACGGGGACCGUCGGGAACAUCGGCAUUCUGGCCUGUGUUCUCGAAGAAGAAAAGGACAAUGUCUUGGGUCGGAGUGGCCUGUCCAAGAUUCGAAUUGUCUUUGACACUCCGAGGGCGAUUUCCAGCAAGGCAUUGAACACUUCAGAUUUGGAGGUGGCCAUCUCGGUUUCCUCUGCAAGUGAGGACCAAUAUCGCGUCGAUAUAGACUCCAUUGUCGGAGUUGCCUCCUCGGAUAUUGUUACAGUGGAUAGCUUCGUUCCUGUGCUUUCCAAACGCCUCUUGAAUGUCCUUCUGCCUCUGCAUGGUCCUCGGAACCGGACGAUGACGGAAUCAAUAAUUCACUCGAAUUUUGAUAUACUUCGCUACCUGGCCGGCCACCUCAUCACUCAAUUCAAGGCGCCUCGCGGAUUUCGCCCUCCUUCGCCUACCAAACUCCUCUCGAGUCUCCUAGGUGGGGGCCAGUCGAAAGACGCCAAGGACAGUAGCACCACAGGCUCGAAAGGCCCCAGUUCUGCAACUCUGCUUGGUGAAUUCCCAAAAAUGCCACCUCCAAGAGCCAAUCUCACCCGAUCCAAUACGCUACCCUCGAUCUUCCCUGGAAAGGAAGAGACCCCCAUCAAAAUCUCCGUGGUUGGGACAGCUCCUUCCAAGGGACCAGAUAGUCCAUUCAGUUUGUUGGAACAAACAUUUACGGCAUACGCCCUUGCACUUCAGUCUCGCAGCGGAAAUAUUGUUGGACGAAGUCUGCGUGCAAGGGAAAAUGUCGACAGGUCAUCAGUCAAUGAGUUGUAUAAUGUACUUUUGGAAGACCCCGCGAAGAUUCAAGCUGCAGCUGAAGUGCCUGUUGACACAUUAUUUGUCGCGUUCGAAACAUUUAUGGCCAAUGCAUGGAAGGAACACAUGGGCCCCGUGAUAGAACCCGGCGCUUUGAAGCUCAUUCAGAGUCAAUUUGAUACGACGUUUCCUCGCGACUUUGAAGAAAACUUUCGCAAGUUUCUCACGGAGAUCAGUCCUCAGAACCGGCGUGCGCUGGCAUCUCUGGUGCGGUUGCUGGCCGAGUUGCUUGAUGCGUCUGGGAACGACGGCGAUCGAGGUGCCCUGACUGCGGCCUUCGCCGAAAUUCUGACAGUCGAAGGGGACCCCAUGCAGCACAUAUCUCUUCUAGACCGACUUGUGGACGAUUUUGACAAUCUCUUCGACGAGUUUAUCCCCAGCGGCGCAUCGCUGGAUGGGAUCUUAAGCAGCGAUCAAACAAAACCAAGUGCGCGAGACGCAGGGUCUAUUAGCUCGAAUGCGUCGUCGUUCCGGAAACGUUUCGGCUUCAGUCUGCAUCGAGAGGGUUCCAAGAAUGAGGGAGAAAGCAAGGUCUCGUCGAUUCUGAGGACUCUCAGCAAGAGCAAAAAUUCUGGCGACUCGGAACCCAGUACCCCUCGAGGCUCGUUGCUGCGUUCCAAGUCGAUCGACGUGGACGCUGGGCUGGGUCUGCUCUUACGACCUGGCUCGCGCGACCGCCCCAGUGCAGCCUCAUCGCAGGAACUCCUCCGACGACCAGGUAGCUCUCAAGGGCAGCCCCCAUCUCUAUCCUCAAUCCGAGGUAUCUCAACGAACGGAGUAGUCAAGGUUCGGAGAAGGAGACGGAGCUCUUUAUCCGAUCUGAGGCCUGGGACGGCAUCCACUGACACGUCUGCUGUAUCGCCUAGCCAGGAUCCGCGGCCUGCCACUCCUGUAUCAUCAACCAAUCGUUCCGAAACCGAAUUGGCGACCCCAACUACACAGCCCAGACCACAGACAAGCCACGGCACAGAUUCUACGAACAGAAGCACGUCGCCCGCCAAAAGCACCUCCCCCUCUCGACAGGCCUCGCCAAGCCGACGAUCACCGACACGUCCAGUUACCCCAAGCCGCAAAGAGAACAUUGACCCGACAUUGAGUCGAACGGACCGACCUCCAAGAAAGAAAAGUGACCUUGCUGUUUCUCCCACUCAAGAGCAAAAGAGAAGAUUGCGGGCACUCAGCAUACCAUCAUCACGGAAUGUUGGGCUCAAGGAGCGCCCAGUGCUGGUUAACGGAUCUGACCCCAGACGCUUGCAAACUUUGGCCUCUUCACAAAGAACCCCAAAGCUGCGCAUGCAGAGCCCACAAAAGCUUCGAGAUCGUCUCCAAAGCGAGAAGAGGCUACAACAUUCUGCACAAUUGGGGCUCAAGGAGGAAUUGGCAUUGAUUGGAGAGGAACUGCAAGCUUUGAACAUCGCAGCACCGCAACAACUGAAGAAUGCCGGACAGAAUUCUGGAUCGUUAGACGCACCAUCUCUGUCAGCAGCUGCUGACUCAGCUCUUCUCAACCAUAUUGGCAAUCUGGAGUCGAAGUUCGAAGUGCUUUCGCAAGAGCUGAAUAGCCGCACUGCUGCAAUCGAGAGAGAUCUGGAAUCGUCUCUGGUUGUCAGUGAGAAGCGAGCAAAGAAGUUAGAUGAGCUGUACCGUGAGGCUAGCGCGGAGAAUGAGGCGCUGUAUGAUCGUUUCAAUCUGGAGCUGGGAAAGAUUGUGCGAGAUGUUCGAUCUGGAAGCGUGGAAGAGGCCCUCCGGACACAAUUGUCCGAGGCAUUGGAGGAGAUUGGAAGGCUCAAGAAGGAGAACUUUAGGUUGAAAAGGGAAGUUGGCGGACUACGUGCACAGCAAGCAGCCGUGGCCUUGUUAAAGGCGAGCGAAUGA